AAGUAAUAUUAACGCCGCACCCUGUUGUUAACCAUGUAGACGAAAAAUCAUGCUCACUGGGAAAAGUCGACAACUAGAGUAGAUUAUGCUUAAAAAAGAGUAAAAAAUUAAAACUAAACGUUUUUACUAGUUAUUAGCUAACAAUUGUUACUUUUUCAGAUUUAUUAUAGCAAUUUUCAAAAAGCCUUACCGAUUAACUGAUUUUAAGUGAUAAGAGCAAGGUAUCUCUGAGUAAAGACUUAGAACAUAUAUAACGAAUAAUUUGUAAGUUUGUAAAUUGUGUUAAAUAGUAAUUUGUGUGUCAUAUACGUUUCGUAGACGUUUUCUUAAUGUCGGAAUUAUUAUCUAGGGUGAAUAAUGAAAGAAUACAAAGUGGUGGUAUUGGGUAGUGGGGGAGUUGGAAAAUCAGCUCUGGCCUUAAAAUUUGUAUCAGGAACUUUUGUUGAAAAAUAUGACCCAACAAUUGAAGAUUUUUACCGCAAGGAAAUAGCUGUUGACGAUGCACCUUCUGUGUUGGAAAUUUUGGAUACUGCUGGAACUGAACAAUUUGCUUCCAUGAGAGAUUUGUAUAUUAAAAAUGGACAAGGCUUCAUCGUGGUGUAUUCAAUAACGGGUUCGCAGACUUUUCACGAUAUUCGGACCAUGAAGGACCAGAUUUCGAGAGUUAAGGGAACGGACAGAGCGCCCAUAUUAUUAGUGGGAAAUAAAGUGGAUUUAGAACCUCAACGCGAAGUAAGCACAGAGGAAGAUGGCACUAUCAGAAACAGUCAAGGACGAUUGUAUUUUAUUUACGUUAAACAAAUCGUAUCCCCUGAAUUUCAAGCUCUUAUGGCUGAAACCGAAUAUGCCAAAAGUAUUGAGCUCCCUCCGGAAGUUAUUUUUAAAAAUAUCCAGUAUGCAAAAAGCUUCGCACUUGAUAUCGGAGGUUCUCUGACGAAACUAGCCUAUUGUGCUAAAAUACCCUCCAAGAGCCAAUCGGAUCAUCUAUCCCAUGAUAAAAACGAUCACACUGUUUCCGUUUCGCAAAAAUCAUCAUUUGACAACUCCAGCAGGUGCUUGGGUGAAAGGUUGCAUUUUAUCAAAUUUGAAACUAAGUACAUAGAAGCCUGUCUAGAUUUUAUAAAUAAAAAUCUACUGAAAGCCCCUCUCCAAGAUAACAAUGUUGUUAAAGUAACUGGUGGAGGUGCCUUCAAAUUUUCAGCAAUGGUUUCAGAGAAAUUGAGAGUCAAAAUCGAAAAAGAAGAUGAAAUGGAGUGUCUUAUUAAGGGCUGUAAUUUUCUAUUGAGGAACAUUGAAGAUGAGGUGUUUUUGUAUCAAAAAAACGAAAGACCUCCUUACAUUUUCCAAACUCCAGAUCAUAACACAAUGUUUCCCUAUCUAUUGGUCCAAUGUGGAUCCGGAGUUAGUGUUAUCAAGGUUGACGGCCCUAACAAAUUUGUUCGUAUCGGCGGAUCCAGUAUUGGUGGUGGUACUUUCUGGGGCCUAGGAUCACAGCUUACGAAGGCUCAAGGCUUCGACGAAAUGUUAGACAUCGCCGCUAAGGGAGAUCAUAAACAUAUUGAUAUGUUGGUGGGUGAUAUAUAUGGUGGUGUAUGUCCUGGAUUUAAUUUGCCAGCCGAUUUAAUAGCUAGUAGUUUCGGUAAGGCUGCAAAGACUCUGAAAGAAAAAAAUGACAAUUCUGCAAAAUUUGAAGAAUCGGACCGUUUGCGAAGUCUACUUAUAAUGAUAAGUAAUAACAUAUGUCAAAUUGCAUAUCUUCAUGCUCGUUUACAUAAUCUAAAGAAAAUAUAUUUCGGAGGAUAUUUUAUAAGGGGAUAUCAUGCAACUAUGCACACUAUAACAUACGCAAUUAAUUUUUGGAGUGCAGGAGAAAUUCAAGCCUUGUUUUUACGCCAUGAAGGAUACCUUGGUGCAAUUGGAGCCUUUUUGAAGGGAGCAGAAGCUGAAAAUGAAAGCUCAUGGAUGGAAAAUUAUGCUGGAAGUUCUGGUUUAAGUCCAACAUAUUUUCUUAAGACAAAAGGCAGUAGUAAUGGUUCUGGAACACUCAAAACUCGUCAUUUAUCAAUUUCCGAAGAAGUUGAUACUGCUUUCACUUGUGACCAGCUGGAGUUCACAAGAAGAUGUUGCCAUCUUAAGCCAUGCCCCUUGUUACUUGAUUUUAGCUCCUAUCAUCCUGAUGUUGUUGAUCUAACAAAAGAUGAUGACGCUAGAGAAUAUUGGCUUCGAUGCUUUAAAGAAGCCACCGAUAAAUACGCUGAGAAAGCAAAAGAAAGUCAACCUUCUUGUUUAGAUUCUGAAAAAAGAAGUAAUUGCUUUAAAAUUGAGUAUUUAGAGAGACUCGACAAGAUUCAUAAAAAUCCCAUAGCUUUUGGGUCAUUAACUGUUCGCAGUUUAUUAGAUCUUCGUGAGUGUGUACUACAAGAGCAUCAAUUCUCUGACCCUUAUGAAGAAGAGAAAACAAGAGAAAAUGCAACUGCGUUAAAGUAUUUCAAAGAGAGAUUAAAUUAUCUGGAUGACCUUAGCUUUAUAGAUAGGCAACUUUCUAUUGCCAAGGGUGUUCUAGCUGGAAACGUAUUUGAUUGGGGUGCUGAAGAAGUUAGAAAACUUCUGGAGAGCAAAGAGCAUUUUAAUUUUUCUAAUGCCUUAAACUGCCUUCAAUCUAGACCCUGGCUAUUUGACAGUUAUGAUGACUGGCUUAAUCGUCUAAAAACAAACAUUUAUAACAAUAUUGUGAUAUUUGUGGAUAAUUCAGGAGCAGAUAUAAUAUUAGGAAUAUUCCCCCUUGUGAGGGAACUGAUUAGAUUGGGUUCAAAAAGAAUUAUAUUAGUGUCCAAUUCUGGGCCAGCUUUAAAUGACGUAACUAUUCAAGAAUUAAAAGAGCUUUUAAGAGAAGCGUCAGCUAUUGAUGAAGUUAUAAAAAAUGCCAUAAGAAAGGGUCAAAUUACAGCCAUGGAAUCAGGUCACCAAUCUCCCUGUCUUGAUUUGAGAUAUAUUGACUCUGCUUUAGCGGACAUUAUGAAUACAAAACAAAUAGACCUUGUAAUUUUGGAAGGUAUGGGUCGAGCAAUACACACUAAUUUAAACGUGAAAUUACGAUGUGAUUGCUUAAAGGUAGCAGUAAUAAAAAAUAAGUGGUUGGCUAGAAAGUUGGGCGGUGAAAUGUUCAGUGUGAUGUUUAAAUUGGACAAGGGGGUGGAUAAUGAUAUGGAAACUUUUAAGUCUACAGCAUUGUCGGAGAGUAAAGUGAAUAGAGCUUAUAGUGUAAAUUAA